AUGAAUUCAACGGCGGGAGAGCAAUGGGAAUUCGAUGGUAUAUCGAAUGACGGUACUCGCGUUUUUGUGUUUGGCUUCUACCGAGACCCCAACUACUCGUUCUUUGGAACAGGCAAUCUUCGCCUGUACGCCGAGUUCGCGUCCUCCAAUGGGUCACGUUAUGCCGUCGUGGAGUAUGCCGAAGAGUCGACUGUUGAAUGGUGUCCAGAUCGAGGCACUCGAGGCGUAUGGCGUGGGCCCAACUGGGUUUAUACUUUCGAGACCAAUACAGACAUGUCAUUGACGACGAUCACGAUGGACGACCCCGAAGCCAAAGCCACCAUCACUAUGCAAUCUAUUGCCCUGGUUCAAUACGCAGACAACCGGGCUUGGCCAGACGAGCAGGGCAAUCCUCUAACGGUGCCCCACUUCUACUGGAUUGAGCCCGUGCCAGUGGCAGACUUGACUCUGGAGGCCGUCAUCAUGGGGGAGGCUAUGACGUGGGAGGGUAUGGGUGGGCCUGAGCGUCUCUGGGGUGCUUUCAACUGGUUCACUUGUUUGAAAAGCAUGAUGGCGAUACGUCUGCACGUGGGCCCCUUCGCGCUGUCAUUGGUGGAGUUCGGCUCACACCGCCAACGAGGUCUCACUGUCCCGUCUGUUCUACUCGUCUUGGAAGGGCAGAAAAUGUUCGAGUCACGAAGCACGGAGCUGUCCUUGGUGGACGACUUUUUCCAGGUCCGGAAGAUCUAUAAUGGGCCGGGAGCAACAACACAGACCUUGGAAGACAAGGUGACUGGAAUCGAGCUUAUAUUGACGUCACCGAGUCGAAAACAGAGCUGUAGGUUCGUCGUCACACAUAAGAUUUUUGCUUUCGAAUAUGUUCUCGGCGAAGGUCGCGGCGGAACCGCCUACGCAGGCACAGCAGAAGGUGGAUUGCUUGGAUCAAUGCUUUGGGGAGGGCCCGCCUUCACAGAAGUCUUGAAAUUCCCAAAGUUUUCUAUGCUACUUAGGGAUAAUUACGCUUGA